CGAAAUCCUCGGCUCGGCAUCAAAACACACUAUCGCUUUACCACAAUCGUCUUGUCAGGCUCCCUUCCACUAAUUCCUGGCGAUAACGGAGUCGUAUAAGUAACCAAUCAUGUAUGAUUCGGGGUUCAUUGCAUUUGAGAGCAUAAUACGCCAUUCUGUCGAAAUAUCAUUGCAUUGCUACUUGUCAUGCCAUUCUAUCAUUUUAAAAGCGCGUCGUUUCCCUACAUCGUUUCCUGAGUUCAAAUCAUUCGUUUCUAUUCUUAAAUUAUCACAAAAUCAAAAUAAAAAUAGAAAUUCAAAAUGGCAAGAGCUGUCGAAAGGCUGCAAAGAAUACAGAACGAGUUGUCUCCACCUGUCGUUAUCGAGGAGAAUGUUUCAAAUCCAGAACCUACCGAAAAGAUUUGGAGGCCCAGACAACGGCCAUUCGACGCUGCUCGGCCGGUCAAGGCCAUCAUCGUAGGGGCAGGAAUAGCAGGCGUUGCCGCCUCAGUGUUGAUCCCGCGCAAAGUCUCAAAUCUUACAUACUCCGUCUAUGAGAAACAAGAUUCUGUGGGUGGAACGUGGGCACAAAAUCGGUAUCCUGGAGUGAGAUGCGACAUACCAUCUCACACAUAUCAACUCACUUUUGCACCUAACCACCGCUGGUCAGAGUACUAUUCUCCAGGAUCUGAGAUCAGAGGGUACUACGAAAAAGUCGUAAAGGAUUUCGGGGUUGACAAGCAUCUUCACCUAAGGCAUGAAGUGUUGUCGGCCAUCUGGUCCGAGGAGACGCAUCAAUGGACAGUCAAGAUCAAGAACCUUACUACAGGGGAGGUUUUCACCGAGACAGCGGAUUUUUUCAUCUCAGCAGCCGGAAGGCUAAACGUUCCAAAAUAUCCAAACAUCCCAGGUCUCGAGAAGGACUAUAAAGGGGUUCUCGUCCACACUGCCGAAUGGACCGAUGAACUCACUAAGCUUGUAGAAGGGAAACGGAUAGCCAUUAUCGGCAACGGAGCGAGUGGACAACAACUGCUUGUAAACAUUUUCCACAAAGCCGGGCACAUCGACCACUACGUCCGAUCUAGGCAAUGGGUCGUUCCAUCUUUCUCUCCCAACCUCCUCUCCGCCCGACAAGAUGUUCUCGGAGCACAUGUCUUCACCGAGGAAGAGAAAGACGCCUUCGAAAAAGAUCCAAAAGCCUAUCUUGAAUAUCGACGCGCCUUGGAGAGGAAUUUCCACGGAAGAUACGAAGGAUCGAUCAGUGGUAGCGAAGACAACGACAAGAUCCGGAAAGCCUACUCAGAAGCUCUAUGGGAACGAGUUGGUGGCGAUAAAGAGUGGUUCGAUCGCCUAGUACCUUCCUUUGCGCCUGGUUGCAAGCGACCAACUCCCUCCGCAGGGUACAUCGAGUACAUCAGGAGUCCAAAGGUGGAUUACGUCGAUAAUGCGAGAAUCACAAAGGUGACUGCAGACAGUCUGAUAACAGAGGAUGGAAAAGAGAGGAAGGUCGAUAUUGUCAUCGUUGCGACUGGAUUUAAGAACGGAUUUCUACCUUUGUUUCCAACGAUUGGCAAGAAUGGACUAGAUUUGAGCAAAUACUGGGCAGAAGACGGACCUAUUGGUUAUCCAAAGACAUAUUUUGGAGUCAUGGCACCUAACGUUCCAAACUACUUUGGCGUCAUACAGGCAAACAGUAACGGUCAAGGAGGCACAUAUCCCCUCCAAGCCGAAAUAUCAUCAACCUACAUCGCCAAAGUCAUCCGCAAGGUCCAAAAAGAAGCUUAUCGAUCAAUCGCACCCUCCCAGGAAGCAACCGAUGAUUUCAACGAGAUCAUAACCGCUUACUUUGACGACAAAGUCAUUGGCGACGACUGUGACGGAUGGUGGAAGAGCGGCUUUGGGAAAGCGCGUCCCCUAGUAAUGUGGCCUGGAACCGGUCAUCACAGAUUCGACAUUGUGAGAGAACCCCGUUGGGAGGACUUUGUCUUUGAGAGAACGGAAGAAGGGAAGCGAAACAGGUUUGAGUACUUUGGGAAUGGGUUCACGGAGCGGGAGAAGAAUGGCGAUGUUUUGUCUUUGACGAAGUAUCUCAAAGAGGCUGGCACGGUGGACUUGGCCACGCUUCACGAGAGUUGGAAUGAUUGAACAGACUGGAGUUUGGCUUUCUUGGUGAUUCAUGCAUUGCACGGUUACGUGGCGUAUAGAUGAGCCAUAGCUAUUUCGAAGCAUUCAUGAAUGAAAUUGCAAAGGCACAAUGGUGCUUACUCA